AUGGGCCCAACACGCAUUCGUGACAUUGGCUACGCGCCUGGAUACUACCGCCCGGGCGAGAAGAAUUCCAUUCUCGACGUCCCUGGACUGCAAGUCGGGCUCAAGACAAUCCACGAUGAGGCCGAGGGCGUCCAUACCGGCGUCACGCUGAUCUACCCUCGUGGCGUGGAGCUCAGUCGAAAACGCCCGUCGUACGCCGCCAUGCACUGCUUGAAUGGAGGGGGUGAGAUGACCAGCGUCCACUUCAUCAAGGACUGGGGCUUUACAAGCUCGCCUAUCGCCUUUACCGACUCCAUGUCGGCGGGCGCCGUCUAUCAGGCUCUGGCCGAGCACAGCUGGACCGUUUCCCGCGCUCUCGGGGAGGACAAGGAGACGGGCUAUGCUCACCAUGGAUGGCCCGUGGUCGGAGAGACGUGGGGCGGCGGAGUCACCGACAUUGCUAACCCCAAAAGCAUCGUCAAACACGAUCAGGUCGUCGAGGCUGUGGAGGAUGCAAAGUCACGCGAGAAAGUCGACGAAGGGGCCACGGGAGGAGGCUCGGGCAUGCUGUGUAUGGGCCAUAAAGGCGGAACGGGGACAAGCAGCCGUCUGGUGCCGCACACAGAGGGAGACUUUGUCGUUGGGGUGUUGGUGCAGACUAACUACGGCCAGCUCAAGAUGCUCACAAUCGGCGGAGUGCCGGUGGGCAGGAUAUUUGAGCAGCAGAAAGGCAAAGACGAAGGGGAAGAGGUCCCCCGAGAGAUCACUACGGGCUCGGAAGGGAGUAUUAUUGUGUGUGUCGUGACGAACGCCCCGCUGCUGCCUCAUCAACUGCGUAGAUUGGCGGCACGAGCGUGCUGGGGGAUUCAUGCAGUUGGCGGGCACGGCACGGCAUACAACUCUUCGGGCGAUAUCAUCAUUGCGCUGUCGACGUCCGACGCAUGCAUACCGCAGGUGGUGAUGAAGCAUGAGUGGAACCGCGACAUCCAUUUCCGCCGCGCGGUGGAGACGCAAACCGUGCAGACGGUGGCUCACAGCAGCAUCGACGCCCUGUUCGUUGCGACGGCCGAGGCCACGGAAGAAGCCAUACUCAACUCCCUGUGCGGCGCCGAGGAGACGCGGGGCUUUGACGGCACCGUCUGGAAAGCGUUGGACGCUGGAAGGGUAGAGAAGAUUCUACGCGAGCGUGGGGUCAUAUGA